UGUGUGUGUGUGUGUGAUUAGAUCAACUUAAAAACGUUACUAGAAAAGCUUUAUUAUGGAGCUUUGUAUAUCAACAGCAAGGUUGGGGUUUCUGGUCUGGUUAAUUGGUGACUAUAAAUUGCCCCAAGGUGUAAAGUGAGUGUGAAUUGUUGUCUGUCAUCUCUUGUAUUGACUGGCAACGUGUUAAAUCUGAGUUUGGGGAAGUGGAAAAAACUGUACAAUUAUUCUAAACUAAGUUAUCUCUUGAACUAUCCACAUUUAGGCUGUUCUAUGCAAUUUUAUUUUGAUAAGCAAUGCUAUUUUUUUCUUCAAUUAGCCAAGCCUCCCCUGAAAUAGUUUGGAGCCUGAAUACAAAGCCCCUCCUCCCUCUUUGAAAACCAUGCUCUACAUAAUGAGCUGCAGAUAAUGGAUGGAGGGAUGGUUUAAACAUACAUGUAGCAUCAUGCACAUAAAAAAAACCCAAUACUUUCCAGUGUGAUCAAACUGAAUUGUAUGAUGUCACUUUGGGAUUUCCAGUUGUGGUUAAAUGUGAGGCUCUGCAGGUGAAAGGGUUCAGGAGGUGCAUGUAAAGUAUCAACACUCACCUUACUGGGAUUACAGUGAUGUGUGUACAGGUUAUAUUUAGCAGGAUCACAGUCAGACUUCACAGUGUGGUCGUCCUGCUGAGCUGGCCAGGUGCCACUCAGCCUAGUGUCACUGCAGGGAUCAGUGCAGAGAAAAUCCACUGAGGGUUCAACAAAGCUGCUGUCAGUGAUGGCUCAGGUAAUGCAUCAGCAGCCCUGAUACUGCAGGACUUACAGAGGCACUGUGCAAAACAGAACAAUUAUAGUAACACUACUUCAAAGAAUACAAAUAUAGUCACAAAUCUAAAGAAUAAUACAAUUCAUAAUUCAUCGCAAUGACCUUUUCCAAUUGCCUUUCCUCUUGCAAUUCAUACGGGCCGAACCUAAUCACAGUUGGUUAUCCAGGUAACAUGCAUCUACUCCAAUCCCUGAUAGUGGUAAAGUGGUAAAAACAAAACAUGGCUUCCCCAUGUAAAAAAAAUGUUGGCCAUAUGGUAGGCUAUUUUUGAAACAUAGUUUUCAGCUUUAAAAAAAAAAAAGUGUUGUAUUGCUUUUAAAAUUGUUAAAAGAAAAUGCAAUUGUUCAAAUACUUUUUAAAGAUAUUUUUAUUAAAUAAAUUAAAUAUGUUAUGAUAGUACGUUUUACUAUGUGUAAUCAGUGUGUUUACAUUUUUUUACAUUUUUGUUACAGCGUGUCAAAUAUCUAGCUUCAUACGUCAACACGUUUCCCUCCUGGACCAAUGAGAUCUGAGGAGGGCGUAACGUGGUCUCGCCGGGUAAAAGAGAUUUGACAGUUGCAGGUCUGGAGCUCAUCCUCCACUUGACUCUUCCUCCGUGGGACGGAGACCAUGGCGGCGGCUGCUGCCUGUGCCCAGCACAGCGCUGCGAUGAUGGCCAAAAAGACGCACGGUAACAGGGAACACAGUCGGAGGAACCGGGAGAACUCUCGUCGGAGACAAGCAGCUCUUUUAUUUCUUAGUAACAUCUCACUGGACGGACGGCCAGUGCAUAGUAAUUCAGACGAGCAUGGAGGAAGCCACAAAGAGACCGACUUUGAGGGAGCGGACUCGGCGGCCGGGUUGUGCCCGGAGAUGGGCGGACGAUACGGAACAUUCUCCAGGUUGGCAACGGCAGUGAGCUGCGGGAACGUCAAUCCCUCCAUGGGACCGAGGACAGGACUAUUGAACAUACCGCCUAUCCUAGUCCUGCCGUCGGACUCGGGGUUUAACGAUGUGGGGAGCGCGGAGGUGCUGCUGCAGUGCCGCAGAGGCUCGGUCCCCUCGGCCGGGAACCUGCUCCCCUCGCCUGGGAACCUGCUCUCCGCGUCCCCGUCCAACGCCAGCCUCCUGCCGUCGCCUUUGGGACCGCGGAAGUCUUCCACACUUCUGUCGGUACAAAGCUGCAACUCUGUGUCCUCAGAGCCGCGCCAGAGGACUCGUAACCUCUCUGGUGGCUCUCCCAGACCUCGGCACACCAAGAAGACCCACUUCAUCAAAAACAUGAAACAGUACGACACGAGAGGCAGCAGGAUCGUGCUUAUCUGUGCGAAGAGAUCUCUGUGUGCUGCCUUCUCUGUUCUGCCCUACGGAGAGAGCUUCUACCUCAGUGACCCGACAUUAAACCACACCAGGAGGAGACACUCGUCGGGGAACAUCUCCACCACUCUGGAGAUGCUGCCGGGGCUGGAGGGCUUCCAGCUGGACCCCUACGGCAGGUCGGUGUCCUACGCGCAGUUCCUGUACCCCACCAACGCCCUGGUGAGGCAGAAGCCGGCGUCGGCCUGCGACCUGACGCUGCAGAUCCCCGUCUCCAGGAGCACACACAGCAUGCCGGGCAGGAGCGCCCCCCCCAGCCGGCUGAACAGCACCGUGGGACUGGACUUAGGUCUGGAAGAUGUAACAGACUACGACCCCGACCUCCUCAGUAACCCCCAGUGGCCGUGUGGGAAACACAAGCGGGUGCUGAUCUUCGCCUCCUACAUGACGACGGUAAUAGAGUACGUCAAGCCGUCUGAUCUGAAGAAAGACAUGAACGAGACGUUUAAGGAGAAGUAUCCUCACAUUAAACUCACCCUCAGCAAGAUACGCAGUCUGAAGAGAGAGAUGCGGGUGGUGGGGGAGGACUGCGGCCUGCAGCCCGUCACCAUCGCCAUGUCCUUCGUCUACUUUGAGAAGUUGGUGCUGCAGGGUCGACUCAAUAAACAGAACAGGAAGUUGGUGUCAGCUGCCUGCCUCCUACUGGCUGCUAAGAUCAGCAGUGACCUCAAGAAACAGGAGGUCAAACACCUCAUCGAUAAGCUGGAGGAGCGUUUCAGGAUCAGCAGGAAGGAGCUCAUAACCUUUGAGUUCACCAUCCUGGUCGCCCUGGAGAUGGCGCUGUACCUCCCUGAGAGCAAAGUCAUGCCUCAUUUCAGGAAGAUGGUGAAGCAGGCGUAGCAGAGACACACUGACUGUGAUGGACGGGCGUCACCAUGCCUGGCUCAGAGGCACUAAGGCACCUGGGUUCACCCCCCCGCCCUCUCCCUGCUCACAUUGCAGACACCAAAGCUCAUCUACACUGUGAUGGGAGAACGACAGCACGGUAACACAGAGACUAACACCGCCUUCUCUCCUCCCUAAAAGACGACACACUGUGCUCCAUGGUUAAGAAGACGAGCACUGAAGGUCACAUACAUCAUAAAAUCAUGGCUCACUUUCAGGACAUUAUGGUUUUUAUUUUAUUUUUCCUAAGGUUUUCCUGCUUUUCAGAGAUGUUAGUAAUGGAGACUUUGCAGGACACACUCUCUGAAAGGUUGCUGGUUCAAACUUGUACGACAGAAUUUGAUCAUUUAAGUUAAAUUGGAGUUGUUGUAGAGUGUUUACAAAGCUGUGUUUUGUUAAAUCUCUGCCAUUGAGGAUGUGAGCAGCUUUUGGCCCCAACAAAUGAUACGUAAAGGUUAAGUUCAGGUUUUUCAAAUCAGUGAGGAAAGACUAAUUCUUACUAGAAGAUUUAAGAACAUUUUCAACAUUGCAUUACAUUUUCAACAAAUGUUUGACCUCCUUACUUUAGAUGUGUGAAGUUUGGAUUUGACUUCCUCUGAAGCCCUGUGGCCCAAAGUCAGUGAGACUGUGAUAAUGAAGAAGUUGCACCGAUGAAAUGUGCGGAAAGUCACUUAACACACAUUUGUAAGCAUUCAACAAUCAUUGAACUGCAUUAAAAACAUGUAUAUCUACUGCUGAGUUAAUUCAGCAACUGUAUCUAAGAUAUUGCCAACAUCCUCGUAUGUUUUUAAAGCUGUAAAUUCAGUAAAAGGCGAUACAUUCAGGCCAUAAGGAGAAAGGUUGCAGCUCUGAGGUGACACCUGUUUCCAAUCCUUCCUUUCAUUUCUCGGCUUCUCGCUGGAGAAGGAUGUUGUUUGGAUUGUUAUUAAUGACAUGGCGUCAGCACUCCUGAUCUUACAUACUCUCUCUGAACAUGAUCCUGAUUUAUCAACAUGGCUCAGUCCCUUAUUCACUGCCCUGAUCAUACUGUGGAGAAAAUCAAGUCAGUAAUCAAGUCACGUUAAUCCUGAUCAAACACAUCGAUAUCCAUAUAUGUAUAUAUAUAUACAUAAGGAACAUUUUGAUAAAUAAUCAUCAGUAGCUAGAACAGUCUAAUAACUUCAGAAAAAUACAUCGCUUUACUGUAAUUCAGCCUUUAAAAUCAGGAACAGACGAUAUUUCGUAUUCUCAUAUAUAUGAGUAUAUUUUUGAUAUGUUGCUGAGCCCUUAUCAUACUGUAUUUUAUGAAAGGGAAGAUUCACAUGGGCCCGCUUUACUUUAACACACAUUGAGAAGUGCCUUGCCUCAGGGCACCUGUCUGUCUGAUAGUGACUGCUGGUUUGUCUUCAGUAUGUUGACUAACUGAAGAACAUAUCUAAUGUUGUCGUCCUCCUCCUCUCUUGUUCUGAGAGCUAAAGGGAGACAGCUGCUCUCUCUAGUGGCUGCAGAGAAGCAGUGCACACUUUAAAAAAAGCUGUGAUGAUGAUGAGGAGAAGUUUCCAGAUGAAUCACUGCUGUCUCUGUCUCUGCUGCAGCGAUAGCUUCCUGUGUUGUUUGACGUUACUGUGGCAUCCUGAAAAAAAGAUAAUCUGUUCUUGUUUGCUACUUUGAGAUCGCAUAAACACUGUGUCCCUUUGUCUCCAUUGCAAGCCUGUUCUAAAGGCUUCUUCAGAUGCAGAGCUAAAGAAGUGGAAAUAUUAUUAUUGAUCCAUUUGUUAUCUAUUUUCUUGAAAACAUCUCGGUUGAUGUCACGCAGCAGCAGAGGCACGAUGGUUAGGUUGACAUUCAGGCUGCUAUUUUGGCAACAUAAGCUUCUUGACGACUUGUUGAUUGACGGAACAAUAAUCGACAACUAUUCUAAUAUUAGCCUUAAUUCACUGAUUAACACUGAAGGGCAAAAACAGCUUCUUCAGGAGGACGGAGAGGGACUACUCUAUGAACUCACUGUGGACUGUCUGCACUGUCAAGCAACACCAACCAAAAAGUUAAAUACCUUAAAAAUAAAGUAAAAUUACUUUUCACUCAAACAUUAUUCAUUAUUUUGUACUGUAUCAUAAAGGGACACGUAUUUAACCUAACAGAGACCUCUAACAAGAUGUGUGUGUGUAUUUUCUCCAUAUUAGAUAAAUAAGAUCCAAAACAAAGUGUAUAUUUUCUUCUCAAACAAUUAUAAAUAUUGGAGGGGAGACGACACUCUAUAGCUUCUGUUGUUUUUGCACUUUUUGACUCUUUAUUUUAGGACUUAUAAGUACAUGGGUAAUAAUAAUAUUUUUCUACAGUAAAUGUGUAAAGUAUGAUAUUGUAUAUUAAAAACUGACCGUAUCACUGAAGUUAAUUUAUUGCUCUUAAUCCUCCAGAUGAAGAAUCAUAUUUUAAACACUAAUUAAGUUCAUUAAAAAUAUGAUUCUUCGUCUUGAGGUUUCACAUCAAGGUUUUUCCACUCAUGUUUUUUCUCUCGUGUGUGUGUUUCUCUAACCUGUUAAACCCCAAGCCUGUUUUUCAGGUCUCAGGCUUGAACAUGACAUUUCCAGAACAAAUGACCAUAACUACACUUCUAAAAGGGGAAAAUUCAUAAUUGUUUUCCUCAAAGUAAUGACAAACCUGUGGGUUGGAUGUAGAAGAGUCAGAAUCAAUAUAGAUGUUUUUUAUUUUAAAGAAAAUUCCGAUUGAACAUCGUAGAAAACUGUAAAUUAUAGUGUCCGUCCAAAAAUUAUUUUUUACUUAUAGUGAAAACCACCCUUGAAUGAUGGGAUGGUAGACUAAAAGCUUUAGGAAUCCAAAGUACAACAUAUAAUAAGUACCCUGUAUCAAGAUUGAUGCAAAACAAAUGACAUUUGACCUUUUUAGAGAAGUUUAGCAAAAAAAACUCCACCUCUGGGGUAAUUUGGGUGGAAAUGGGCGUUUUUGCCGUUUCUCUGGAACCCAUUGGUCGAUUUUGAUGAUUGACAUCUCUUGUUAACCGUUAGAGCCAAUAUAAUCGAAGGGGAAUUUCCACAUACACACAAACGUUACCAUUGUGAAGUGGGGGCUAUGCGCACGCAGUUGGCCCAAAUCGAAAUCUGUCUCACACGCUGAAAUCUGAAAACUUAAAAGUAGGUUUAUUGCUGAUGGAUUAUCAGAAAUAAUUUCAAAGUGACACAGACACAUUGGAUUAACCUAUGGAUUCACCUUCAGCAGCGUUGUUAUCGUUGUAAUGCCAUUGAAGACAACUUUUGAUCAGACAACGACAAAGGUAGACAUAAUGCCGUUUUGGCUACCUAGCGCCACGUGUUGUGAUGUCUGUUUUUGUUUAUAAUGUCGCGAGUUCUUAUCAUGGAGUGAUGAUAUAUAUACCUAUCGAUUCUGUGUAUUCUCACGAUGCUAAUUGAUAUGUUGGAUGUGCAGUUACGAUAAGUAAUAAGGGUGUUAUACCGUGUUUUCUGUGCAAACGGCGUUAGCAUUUUUUCGCUCGGGGCUAAUUCAGAGGCACAGCUAAUUCAGUUAGCUGAGUUUCUUCCCGUUACAUGGAUAUAAACAUUCAUAGUUUAUUAAAUAUUAAGAAGCCCUCAGGCACUGUUUCCUGCAGAUGAUGCGUUUUUCCCCCCGGUGGCGGGGGGAUGGGGUUUAACAGGCUAAAGUGUGUGUUGUGUUUUGGAGUCUGGGUUCAUCUGCACUGCAGUGUUGGAGCAGGAGAGCCUAAUGGGGUUCACACAGAAAAAAGGUUUGCCCCAAAAAUAACUUAUGUGUUAAGAAGAAGCACAUUUUGUAAGAUGCAGAAAUAUAAAAUGUACAAGUUUUGUCGCUCAUUUGCUAAAUGAAUUUUAAAGACAGGGGUUUCAGUUUUCUCUCCUGCUCUGAAUACAAAGUGAAGAAGAACUUGUGCUUUACGAUCUGCACUAAGAGCAGAGUCACAUAUUAAACUGUUGUUCUUUGAAAGGAAAAGUACAUUUUGGCAAUAAGCACAGAGCUUCCUUUGAAUACAUUUGAUGCAAUACGAAAUACUUUAAAAGAAGCACUAUAAAGGAUAAAUAUAAGACUCUGCUUGAGAGAGGAAAUGGCACACAAUCUCCUAAAGUCGUCUUCUCUACAUUAGAGAUUUGUCAUUUUAAUUCUAUGCAGCUUUUAUACUGUCAGCUGACCUUCAUCCUCCUCCUCCUCCUCCUCCUCCUCCUCCUCCUCCUCCUCCUCCUCCUCCUCCUCCUCCUCCUCCGUGUGUUUACCUGUAAUGUGCCACAUCAAUAAUUCAAGCUCUUUAUUUAAACCUCACAUGUGUUUUUAUCAAGUCAUUGCUUUCUUCUUUGAGCACUGUAAGUUUGUAAAAGGGAAAUAUUAACCAAGUGUUUGUCUUCCAUUUCUAAUCGUUGUUAUUGUUAUUUACAUUUGUAAACUGUAUUUUUUUGUAUGGACAAUAAAAGGGAAUAUUAUUUAUGCUGUUUUGGGUUUAGCUGUUGAUGUCUUGUGUUGAGAAAUCAUUCAAAACAACAAAGAUUAGACGAGAGUAUUUCAUAUAGUUGUGUUUGCUGUGUCUUGUAGCGGCCAUAUUGUCCCAAGCUGUGUUAUAGUGUAGUCAGUUACAACAUGACAACACAGAGCUGGAGGAGAUUAGUGGAUGGAAAUAUUUAUUGUAACAUUUUUUUUAAAGAUGAAGACCAUAUACUGUUUAGACUGCCAAUGUUCAAUUCAUGUCCAGUUUAUUUUCAUUAAAAUAUGGAAAUGAC